AUGGCUUCUUCUUCUUCUUUCUCAAUAAUAACCCGUUCGAUUGGUCGGAAAUGGUUUACCAGAUUAUCUAAUCAUCCGAUUGUAUGGAUGAUUGGAUCUUGUUCUUCUAGCGUUUGCCCGAAAGGUAUGAGCACGUUGUCCGAAAACCCAUCAUCCUCCUCCUCGUCAUCUCCUUGGCUUAUGCUGCCUCCGGCCUACGACGGCACCGCUUUCGAUCUGUUCCUCUAUAAUCCCAUCUCCGGUCGCCGGAUAAACCUCCCUUCGGUUCGCGAACUGCCCGAUCACAAUGGCACGACCGAAUUACACAAGGUCAUACUCUCGUGCUCCCCGGAAGACCCAAAUUGUCGAGCCAUCAUUCUCUACAACAGUGUAUGGGCUCUGGCUUUCUGCUGCCCUGCCUUCAGCAAGGAGUGGACCCACAUCGGCGAUCACCACUGGCUUGAUGAAAAGAUUCCGGGAAGGCCCUUUUCCCAGGCCUAUAUGAAUUGUGUCUACUCCAAAAGACACGAAGCAUUAUUUAGCCUCACGAAAAAAGGCGUGUUGGAAGCUUGGGAUAUCUGGGACCCUCACUCACCGAGGGCUGUGAAGAUAGCCGAUGUUGGUCAGAAGGGUACAGGCAUACGCUAUAAGAGAACAACAGAGGAAACAACAGAGGGAGAGGAAGAGGAUGAAAGGGAAAAGGAAACGCAGCACUUUUGGAUAACAUGUAAGCCAGUGAAUCAUUUGGAUGUCUACCAACGAGGCCUUCUGAGUGUGACCGUUGAUUUUUCUGUUGAUGUAUAUGACCCUGAGGAUAAGGAUUUUAAGUCCGCAGAGUCUUUAGGUGGCUGGGCUGUUUUUGUGGGCCACCACAGUGAUGCAGUCGCGUUGCGGGUGGGGGAAGAGUUCCCGGAGCUCAAACCCAAUUCCAUUUACUUUACAGAUGUUGUGGAUGGUUUUGAUAUGGAGGACCACCCGACUGGUGGCCAUGACAUUGGCAUUUUCGAUUACGAGAACAUGAUUGUGUCGUCAUGCUAUUAUCCGUGUCAUCUCAAGAAUAUGACAAAGACUUUCCCACCGCCUAUGUGGUUCUUCCCGAGUAGUGAUUGA